CAUUGUCCUUUUCCUUGGAUAUGAUUUUUCUUGCUUGGAAAGAAAACAAGAGAAGAAAAAAACUGAGAAAAGCAAACGCAGCUAUAAAUUCAGAGUCCGAGAGAGAAGAGAACUGCAUCAGAUCAAAUCUGCAGAGAAAAAUUGAAGACGGGAGAGACUGAGAAGAAGAGAUGCAUCUGUACAAUGAAUGGUUACCGCCGCCUGUAGCGGAGGAGACGAAGAAGGAGAAAGAGUCCUUCGCUCGUGUCGUGCGUAGCGUCAAAGAGUUGCACCGACCUGAUGAUCCUGAGUCUGUUUACGCCACUCUUAAAUGGAUCUCCGUUAUUGAACUCUUUGUUAGAGCGAAAAGUGAAUUGUCCGUGGAAGAUGUUACUGACCUCGUGGAAAUUGGCUUACAAAUUUUUCAUUCAUCUGAGAAUAAGUUGUAUGCACAGGUUAGAUGGGGUAAUGUUUUAGUCAGACUGAUCAACAAGUAUCGUAAGAAGCUGUCUUUGAAAGUUCCGUGGAGGCCCUUGUAUGAUACCUUGAUUCAUGCACAUUUCAGCAGGAGCCCGGGUCCUGAAGGUUGGAGAUUGAGACAACGACACUUUACGGCUGUUACUUCUCUCAUUCGUUCCUGUAGGAGAUUUUUUCCACAAGGGGCUGCAUCGGAGAUAUGGUCCGAAUUCAUUUGGAACCACUCUGUUAUAUUGCUGCAUUGGACAAAGAGUUGGGAGAAGGGGGGGAAAAGUACUGUAGGAAUCAUCGUGUUCAUUAUAUGUGGAUCUAUUAUGAGGUCUCUUUUGGAGAACCCCUGGCAUAAUUCCUCGUUUGAGGGCUCUGGCUUCGUGGGAUUGUUUCUUCCUACGAACCCCGAAAAUCAGGAUUUCUUCUCUGAAAAAUGGAUAAAAAACUGUCUAGAGCUCUGGGAUUCCAUACCAAAUUGUCAAUUUUGGAAUAGUCAGUGGACUGCUGUGCUAGCUCGUGUGAUAAAAAACUGCAGCUUUAUCGACUGGGAGUCCUAUUUUCCCAUGCUUUUCAGUAGAUUCUUGAAUAUGUUUGAGGUUCCUGUUGCAAAUGGAAGUGGAUCAUAUCCUUUUUCAGUUGAUGUUCCCAGAAACACAAGAUUCUUGUUCUCUAACAGGACUACUACUCCAUCAAAAUCAAUUGCACAAUCUAUUGUAUACUUUCUGAAACCUGGAAGUUCGGCACAUGAGCAGUUCAAGAAAUUGGUCAACCUCUUAGAACAAUAUUAUCAUCCGUCUAAUGGUGGCCGUUGGACUUAUUCCUUGGAACGGUUUUUGCUCCACCUGGUGAUAGCAUUCCAAAAGCGUUUACAGCGUGAGCAGCAGGAUCCAGAUAGUCUGUCAGCAGUCUGUUUAGGAAAGCCGGAGAGGAUAGCUUUUGUCGACGUGGUGUUGAAGCUGAUUGAUCGUGGUCAAUAUAGCAAGAAUGAACAUCUUUCCGAGACAGUUGCUGCAGCGACAUCCAUGUUGUCUUAUGUGGAGCCCUCUUUGGUCCUUCCUUUUGUGGCGUCUCGGUUCCAUUUGGCUUUGGAAACGACAACUGCCACCCACCAGUUGAAAACUGCUAUGAUGUCCGUAGCAUUUGCUGGCCGGUCAAUCCUGCAGUCAUCCAUGUCAACUGCUGAAGCACAAGAUCUUGGUGGUGAUGUGGAUGGUAGGAUGUUCCUUGAUCUUAUAGGGAUUUCUCUAUCAAAUGCAUUGCUUGGUAUGGAUGCCAAUGACCCCCCUAAAACCUUGGCAACUAUGCAACUGAUUGGCUCCAUAUUUUCCAAUAUGGCUGUAUUGGACGAUACUUCUGAUGACUUAUCACUCAUGACUAUGGCUACCUUCUCUGAGUGGCUGGAUGAAUUUUUGUGUCGUUUGAUCGCUUUGUUACAGCAUUUGGAACCCAGCAGUGUUAUAAAUGAAGGCCUAAGUUCAUCGGCAACAUCAGGAACGUUUUUAGUUGAGGAUGGUCCUUAUUACUAUUGCAUGCUUGAAAUCCUACUUGGAAGACUAUCUGGAUCUCUAUAUAGCCAGGCCUUGAAAAAGAUAUCAAAGUUUGUUCAGACAAAUAUCCUUCCUGGUGCAAUCGCCGAGGUUGGGCUGCUUUGUUGUGCCUGUGUUCAUUCAAACCCCGAAGAAGCAGUUUCUCAAAUUGUUGAACCAAUGCUCCUUGCUGUUAUAUCUUCUUUGAAAGAAAUCCCUGUCACUGGGUAUGGAGGAAAAGGAAGUGCAGAGACCCUUGUUGUCAAUAAGAAAGACAAACAAACACUUUCUCCAGCGCUUGAGGCAGCUAUAGAUUAUCAGCUGAAAGUAUUGUCAGUUGCCAUCACUUAUGGAGGCAGCUCACUUCUUCGGUACAAAGGUCAUUUGAUCGAAGCUAUAUCUUCCGCAUUUAAUUCCUCAUCUUGGAAGGUUAAUGGAGCUGGGGAUCAUCUUCUUCGAUCUCUCCUCGGAAGUUUGAUUCUUUACUAUCCUAUUGACCAGUACAAAUGUUUGUCUCGUCACCCAGAUGCUCCUGCUUUGGAGGAAUGGAUCAGCACCAAAGCUUCCUCUAAGGAUGAGCAGGUGGCACACUCCAGGUGGCAUGUUCCCACCAAAGAGGAAACUCAGUGUGCCAAUGAGCUCUUAGACCUCCAUCUUCAGUCAGCAUUAGAUGAUCUUUUGAGUAUUUGCCAAUCAAACAUCCACUCUGAUGCAGGAGAAGAGAAAACACACCUUAAAGUGACUCUUUUGCGUAUAGAUUCGACAUUGCAAGGUGUUUUGUCUUGCCUACCUGAUUUCAGGCCAUCACCUAGACAUGAUAUGGAUGAAGAUCCGCCGUUCUUUAUUGCUGGAGCAUCAGGUUCAUGUGUUGGCAGUGCUGAAAUACGAGAAAAAACUGCUGAAACUAUUCAUGCAGCCUGCAAAUACUUGUUAGAGAAAAAGUCAGAUGACAGCAUCUUGCUGAUAUUAAUAAUCCGCAUAAUGGAUGCUCUAGGAAACUAUGGCAGUUUGGAGUAUGAUGAAUGGUCAAAUCACAGGCAGGCUUGGAAACUGGAAUCUACUGCGAUUGUAGAGCCUCCAGCGAACUUUAUUACAGAGUUUCAUUCUAAGGGCAAGAGAAGGCCUAGAUGGGCACUCAUUGACAAGGCGUACAUGCACAACACAUGGAGGUCAUCACAAUCGUCCUAUCAUCUGUUUCGUACAGAUGCGAACUUCUCUCCACCGGAACCCUUGACACUUAUGGUUGAUGAUCUUUUGACCCUGUGUCUGCACAACUAUGAGACUGUUCGAGUGCUUGCUGGAAAGUCUUUGCUGAAACUGUUAAAGAGAUGGCCCCCCUUGCUUUCAAAGUGUGUUCUGUCCCUUACUGAGAACUUGCGAAAUCCGGAUGUACCAGAGCAUGUAGUCCUUGGUUCUUGUGCCAUUCUCUCUUCACAAAGUGUUCUCAAGCAUUUGACGACGGAUCCAAAAUCAUUUUCCUCUUUUCUUCUUGGUGUUCUUUCAAGUUCUCAUCAUGAAUCUAUGAAAUCCCAAAAAGCAAUCAUUGAGCUUUUUGUCAAAUAUAACAUUCACUUUGCGGGACUGUCUAGAAAUAUACUUCGCUCAUUGGAAAGCCGUGUUGACGGGUCUACUUCCGGAGAUCUUGUAUCUCAGAUCGGCUCCAUGAGUUUUGAUUCUUCUAGCUUGCAUUGGCGGUACAACUUGAUGGCUAACAGAGUGCUCCUUCUGCUAGCUAUGUCCUCUAGGAUUGACCCAAGUUUCUCCUUCAAAAUUCUUGAUGAAACUGCUGGCCACUUCCUCAGAAACUUGAAAAGUCAACUUCCUCAGACAAGAAUACUAGCAAUUUCAGCUUUAAACACGCUACUUAAAGAGUCACCGCAGAAGAUGCAAGGAAAGGAUCAACCUUCUGUGUCUUCACAAGAAAAUGCCAACUCAUCCCUUGAUUUAGCAUUGAGCCAAAUUUUUCAAGAAGAAGGAUUCUUCAGGGAGACUUUUGAAAGUCUUUCGCAUAUCCAUAUUACUGACACUGAUAGUUCCUCUAGAAAUCAUGGAAGUUCAUCCUUCCAGAGCAUGGCGGACAAGUCAAUCACUCGUUUCUUUUUCGAAUUUUCGGCUUCAUGGCCAAAAACUCCUAGUUGGAUAUCUUUGUUAGGAAGUGAUAUAUUCGACCCAAGUUUUGCUCGUAUCUUCAAGCGAUUAGCACAAGAAUGUGGAGUGCCUGUGUUGAUGGCACUAAAAAGUCCCUUAGAGGAGUUUUGUAAUGCCAAGGAGAGACCAAAACAGUGCGUUGCUGCUGAAGCAUUAGCAGGUGUACUGCACUCUGAUGUUAAUGGUCUUCUUAGUGAUUGGGAUAGCUGGAUAAUGGUUCAGUUGCAGAAUGUUAUUCUUGGCCAAUCAGUAGAAUCCAUACCAGAGUGGGCUGCAUGCAUACGUUAUGCUGUCACAGGGAAAGGGAAACAAGGAACCAAAAUUCCUGUCAUGAGACAACAAAUUUUGGAUUGUAUAGUGGCACCAUUACCACCAAGUGCGACCACCACUGUUGUUGCAAAGCGGUAUGCUUUUCUUUCAGCUGCUCUGAUAGAACUAUCUCCACCAAAGAUGCCCAUAUCAGAAGUGAAGCUGCAUAUCGUACUUCUUGAUGAGUUGAUCUGUAAUAUGUCCCAUUCCUCGGCACAAAUAAGGGAAGCUAUCGGUGUAAUUCUUUCAGUAUUAUGCUCUAACAUUCGUCUGCGGAUGUCAUAUCAACAAGAAUAUCCAUCUGAAGAAGGGAGAACAGAUGUUGAUAGCCGACUAAGGGAAGAAAAUUGGUUCAAGCUUAUUAGUGCACGAGCAUCUGAAGCUGUUACAAACAUUCAACAAGCUAGCAUAUCAGACAGCUUAGACACUUCAGCAGAUGUAGAUAUGGAAAGUGCUCAAUCUAACGGCGAUUCUCUAGAUGAUGUUAAAUGGAUGGAGACGCUCUUCCAUUUCAUUAUCUCAUCUUUUAAAUCGGGGAGGGCUUCGUAUCUGCUCGAUGUAAUUGCAGAAUUCCUCUAUCCAGUGAUAUCCUUACAGGAAACAUCACAUAAAGAUCUGUCAACAUUGGCUAAAGCAACCUUUGAGCUGCUAAAGUGGAGAUUUUUCCCAGACUCUCAUCUACAGAAAGUUAUUGGAGUCAUUCUUUCUUCUGCUGAUGACUCUAACUGGCGUAUAAGAUCUUCAACCCUGACAUAUCUGCGAACUUUUAUGUACAGGCAUACUUUCAUCCUCACUAAUGAAGAGAAACAGAAAAUCUGGAAAACCGUGGAAAAGCUCCUUGUUGACAGCCAAGUAGAGGUACGAGAACAUGCUGCAGCAGUUCUAGCAGGCCUAAUGAAAGGAGGAGAUGAAGACUUUGCUGCAGAUUUUCGUGAUAGAUCCUAUGCAGAGGCAAACUCAUUCCAAAAGAGAAGGAACCGGAGGAAAUCAAGUUCAACCAAGUGUGUUGCGGAGGUGCACGGAGCAGUUCUUGGUUUGGUAGCUUCAGUUUUGUCUGUUCCAUAUGACAUGCCCAGCUGGUUGCCGGAUCAUGUGACAUUACUGGCUCGUUUCGCGGGGGAACCUACACCUAUAAAAUCGACUGUGACAAAAGCAGUGGCUGAGUUCCGACGAACACAUGCGGACACAUGGAACAUCCAGAAAGACUCUUUCACCGAAGAUCAGCUUGAGAUAUUGGCCGAUACAUCUUCCUCUUCUUCGUACUUUGCUUGAUUUGUGUUGGGGAAUAGAGUGAGUUUCGUCACAAAGACAGUAAUACUACUCCUUGUUUAAGGAACCACAUCUUUGUAACUCCACCUUUUAUUGAUUUUUAGUUUUGUGCCCAAUAGAUUAUAAACAAUAACAGGAAAGCUAUAAAACCAUGGUUUCGGUUUUUUAUUUCAUAAUCAUCAUUGUGGCAUCGCAA